UUCUUAUCACCCGUUUAUCUAGCAGCAAACCCGCGCACUGCCCUCACCAUCCAUGUUGCACUGAACAUGUGGAAAAAAAACAAAGACACCGCGGGAUUUUCAUCUAAAGAAAUGGAAGCGACCAUCUGCAACAUCCAGGUUCUCCUUCAGGCUGCAGAGUUUUUGGAAAGAAGAGAAAGAGAAGCAGAGCACGGGUAUGCUUCAGUACUUCCUCCCAGUACAGAAGAUUCGGACAGGAGAAACAGACAGAAAAACAAGAAGCUAUCGGGUCCGGGUGGCAAUAGGCUAGUUCACAACGAGCUGGAGAAAAACAGGCGAGCUCAACUGAGAUUCCAUCUGGAUCAGCUCAAAGAGCAGGUCCCCCUAUCUUCAGACUCGGUGAGGAACACCACGCUCAACCUGCUUAGACGAGCACAGCUUCACAUUAAGAAGCUGCAGCAGCAGGACGAGCGUGCCCAGCACCUGAAGGACCGCCUGCAGUGGCAGCACCGGGAGCUGCGAGGUCGGCUGGACCAGCUACAGAGGGGCAGCGAGAGGACCAGGAACGACAGCCUGGGCUCUGUGGUGUCCUCCGAGAGGUCCGACUCUGACAGGGAGGACGUGGAGGUUGAUGUGGAAAGCAUUGUUUUUGAAUGCGUGUCCUCGGAUGGACUCAGUAUUACACACACUGAUGUUGACCACUGUUACUCCAGCUCGGAUAAAGACUGGCUAUGACGGCCGAACUGGCUGUGGUAAACCUUUUCUAUUAUUUUAUCUGACAAGGCGAGAAAGAAGAGUGAAAAACUAAAAUACAUUCCAGACGGUCUCAGAAAGGACAUAGGACAAGAGAGGGAGAGAUUGGAUAUUUAUGUGAAACUGUGCAGCCAAACUUAGACUUCAUCUUUUCACCAAAGCUGGUGACUCAAAAUUCAACUUUCCAGAUCGGUCGUAAAAGGUCUGACUACAAGCUGAAUGGAACUAGUGUUCCUCAUACUCACUGUCCAUUUGCACUGACGAGCCGUUUUACUGAGCUGAGAGGAAAAUAAUGGAGAGUGAACCUGUUCCCACCUCACUCAAGAAUUCAAUCCUUACAAUGCGUAGGACUCCAUAAUCUAAAAGCGUUAUUUAACAAUAUUUUGAAAUACAGUAUUUUCUUUACAUUUGAUCCAGCUUUAUGGUUUCGUCUACUACUAAAACAAUUUGUCAGCACUAAGAAACUUAAAAUUCAGGAAUUAAGUCAUGUAAACACUCGUACAAUAACCUUUAUUUUUGUAUUAAUAUUAUUAUGUCAUGUAUUUUAUUAUUUUCCUGGUUGCACAGAGCAUCCACCCAUUGCACUUGUUUUUUCCUUGAAAGGGUUGUGGGUUUUUUGAUCUGGAGAGGCAACUGGUCAUGUUUGCACAUUUUCUACCAGGCAACGAAGUAAUUGUAAUGCAUGAUCUUCCUAGGGAAUAACGUGUUGUCAAAACGAUAUUAGGUCAGCCGACAUUAUUCCUAUAAUCCGGAAUUGAUGAACUGAUAGCUCACCAGCCACUCACUCUUUCGGUCAGGCUGACCGUGGACGCCUCACUAGUUGUCUUCAAUAUGCUAAUAAGUUACUGAUUCCGUCUAUAUAACACAGGAACACCUUGAAAGAUUGCGUAUAUUAAAAGCUUUAAGAAGUGAAAGUUGGUCUAAAACCACUUCACACAAUGCUAAUCUUGGUCCACUCCCAUUACCUUAUGGACAAUAAUGUAUGUUCAACUUUUAAAUGACCGAAUCAUUUAUAACUUAUCAAUACAACCACGUUCUUGUUAAUAACAAGCAGGACCUUACCUAAUUUAUUUUGAGGUAGACCAGAAACUUGAUGGCCAGUUUAGUGUAGGGGACAAGUUUUGUGGAGUGGUGAGUAAUGUUUUAGACCAACGCUUCUAUACUUGUCAUACUCUGAACAACCACAGUGUGGCGUAGACAUUACGGAUUGUCGUUGUAAAUCGGAACAAUGGUUGCUUAAGUGAUUGCAAAUGUGAACAGUGAAAUUGUGUUUGUAUUUAAACUGUUCCGUUAUAACAAUUGUACUCUUAAAUGCAUAUGCAAUUGUCAUGACAUGUUUCAUUAUGCAUGCAGUAGACUCAAAGUCAGGAUAGAGAAUGCAACCUGUAAUUCUUAUGCAAGUUUUGCUGUAUUACAAGUAUGUGUAUCCUGUACUUUUACAUUGAAUAUUUUGAAGCAGCUGGCUUCCGGAUAAUAUAUGCAAGAUGCCUUAUUUUCUUGUAACGACUUAUGUAUGCAUUAAUUCAUCUGUAUUUCCAGUAAUAUAAUGUAGCAUUUUUAUACCAGUGUACUUUUUGAAUGAAUAAAUAUUUUAUAUAUUUACCCUGAAUGCAUUUGACUGUUGUAAACCACCUUGCAAUAGUAGUCUAAAUGAAGCACAAAGCAUAAGUUAAUAGCAAAAUUUAUAUUUAUUGACAUUAUCAAGCAAUUGCAGGAGCAAGAGCAUACAUGUACAUGUGUAUGCAUUAGCUGUGAUAGUUGAUGUAAACAAGGUAACUGUUUUCAUGACAUACAAAUCUACUAGGAAUAGAGACAUUUUCUGCAUUCUGGUCCGUCACACAUUUGGGUACUGAUGUGGGUCCAGACUUGAUUCAAAAGGCCGUACUUGUGUGAUAGAAAUCAGGAUGGUUAACCAUUAUGUGGAGGAGUAAUCACACUUCAAUUUGAAGCAAGGAAAAAACUUUUUGCAUGGAAAGCUGAAUCAAGUUAACUUCAGAUUAAAUAUAACAAAACAAUGACUGUAUAGAUUAAAACUAUAUACAAAAAAAAACAAGAUUGUAAAUUUAUAUAAAUUAAAAGUAAUUUAAGCGUGGUUGUAAAAUGCUGUUAAGCGCGAGUAAGCUUUACACGUCAUAAAUCAUACAUUUGGGGUUCGAUUACAACAUUCAAAAUCGAUGUGAUGUUCGUAUCUAAACAACACGAAGACCUUUGAUGUCAAGAAUGUAGAUAGAAGUAACUACGGGGAGAGGAAAUUGGAACACAGCUCUAGCUGUCAUGGUCCAACCAUCUUUAAGCCUUCUGGAGGUGUUGGCCUAGAACAAAAUCCCCCUCCCCUCUUUCUCCCCCAAUACUUAUUUGGACUAUUGGGGGGGAUAACAGUAACUUUUCUGCCAAGAUUGUACCCCUGAUAUCAGACAUAUUGUUUCUUUUGGGCUUGAGAGGCAAGGUCUUUAGCUUUCUCCUUGGCAGCCAAAGCCGUUCCUCUUGCCCGUUCUGUAGCAGUUUCUGCCAAGGUCCUCGAUGGAGUUUCACCUGUGAGUUAUCAUGAAAGACAGGCAUGUUAAAGUUAAAAAUGAAUUAUCGACAUAAGAAAUGGAUUU